CUCAAUUCCGUUGAAAAACAGAUACAACCAAGAGAGAAUAUACCAACCAAGAAAGUAAGUCUUCUCCAUCAAGAAACCCAAUGACACUCUGGCUCUUUACAUCCUGGGUUCUUCUUCUUCUUCUUCAGCUCUGCUUCCUGCACCACCAUGCCGAUGCCACUUACUCGAGCAACGAGACCGAUCGGCUGGCGUUGCUCGAGUUCAAGUCCAUGAUUUCCGACGACCCUCUGGGCUUCCUGAGCUCGUGGAACGAUUCCGCUCAUUUCUGCCUUUGGGGUGGCGUGUCCUGCUCCGAACGACACGAUCGAGUCGCGGUCCUCGACCUCAACUCCCGGGGUCUCUCUGGCUCGAUCUCUCCGCACAUCGGCAAUCUCACCUUCCUGAAGCAGCUCCACCUCUACAACAACACAUUCCGCAGCUCGAUCCCGCCGGAAAUCGGCCGCCUCCGCAGAUUGCAGGUGCUGCGUCUCUCCAACAACUCCCUGAGCGGGGAGAUCCCGUCCAGCAUCUCGGGAUGCUCUGCUCUGGCCGACCUCGAUGUCGGAAAAAACAAUUUGACCGGGACCAUACCUCAGGAGCUCGGCCUCUUGAACGAGCUUCAAUUCCUUAACGUCGAGAGGAAUCUCCUGACGGGGACCAUCCCUUCUUCUUUCGGCAACCUGUCGCUCAUUCAGGAGAUCAGGGUAUCUGAUAACCAGCUGAGUGGAAGAGUUCCCGAGGCUCUGGGACUGCUGAAGAACAGCCUUGAGCAACUGAUGCUGCACAUUAAUUACUUCGAUGGCGAAAUCCCUCCUUCCAUUUUCAAUCUGUCUUUGCUUAUUUAUCUCACCCUGGGACACAACCAGCUCCAGGGGAACCUUCCGUGGAAUCUGGGAACGUUACUUCCGAAUCUCGAGUACUUUUACGUGGCUGGUAACGAGCUCACGGGUAGCCUCCCGACUUCUCUGUCCAAUGCCACGAACAUGGUUCAGCUACAACUGCAAUUCAACAAUUUUACGGGGAGUGUGCCUAGUAUGGCCAGCUCUCGCAACCUUCUGCGCUUCUCCAUCGGGGGAAACUCCCUUGGAGGAGGUGAAGACGGUGACGAUUUGGGUUUCCUUUCCUCAUUUGCUGGUGCGAGAAACUUAGAAGCCUUGGUCAUCGACACCAACAAUUUCGUAGGCAGCUUACCCGAGCAAAUUGGCAACCUGUCAUCCAGCCUCCUGCUGCUCGACUUCAGUACCAACCAAAUACCAGGAAGCAUCCCAGAGAGCAUACGAAACCUGGUCAGCUUGCAAUGGCUUUGGGGACAUGAGAACAAGCUGUCAGGAACGACAGUCCUAUCCACCGUCGCGAACGUGCCAAGUCUAGUGGAUUUGCGCUUGUACAACAACCAAAUUCCGGGUUCCAUUCCUCCAUCUAUUGGAAACUUGGGCAGUUUAACUGUUCUGCGCUUGGCUGAUAACCGUCUCGAGGGAGAAAUUCCUGCUGCCAUUGAGAAUUGCAGGCGGUUGAUAAAUCUGGACUUAUCAAACAACAAUCUCAGUGGCGGCAUUCCUCCACAGAUCAUGGGUCUUACUUCCUUGUCAAUUGUCUUGAACUUGUCUCACAACCAUUUCAAUGGUGGGAUCCCCGUCGAAGUGGAGAAUCUGAAGAACUUGAAUUCAUUGGAUCUAUCUUAUAAUAUGUUAUCGGACAACAUUCCGAGUAGCCUUGGUAAAUGUGGCAGCCUGGAGUUUGUGCGAUUGCAGGCCAAUCUCCUCCAAGGAAGGAUUCCUUCCACUUUGGAUUUAUUAAAAGGUAUUCAACUAUUCGAUGUUUCGAGCAAUAACUUAUCCGGUCAAAUUCCCAGAUUCUUUGAGAACAUGAAUUUUCUACGGCUGUUGAAUCUGUCUUAUAACAAGUUUGAGGGUGAAGUUCCAGCAUCGGGAGUUUUGAAAAACGCCAGCAUCAUCUCACUAAUUGGAAAUGACAAGGUUUGUGGAGGUUUGCCUGAGCUUAACCUCCCACUUUGUAGCUUCAGACGACCAAAGAAGAAGUUGAGCUACAAGUGGAAGGUUGUCAUAUCAACAAUCUCUAGCCUUGUUUUCAUGGUCAUCGUUGCUUCUUGCUUGUCAGUCUUAUGGAUGAAAAGAAAAGGGAAACAAGCCAUGGUUUCGAGUGAUGGUUUCGACAUGCGUGUAUCUUACCAAAGCCUCCAUAAAGCUACAGAUGGUUUCUCCGAAGCAAAUCUUCUUGGUGCAGGCAGCUUCGGUUCUGUGUACAAGGGAGUUGUUGACAUGAAUGGGAAAAACACCACAAUAGCUAUCAAGGUAUUCAAUCUACAGCGCCGUGGAGCUGCCAAGAGUUUCAUGGCGGAAUGUGAAGUCUUGAAGAACAUCAGACACAGAAAUCUUGUGAGAAUAGUGACGGUGUGUUCUGGUGUCGAUUAUCAAGGGAAUGAUUUCAAGGCUCUCAUUUAUGAGUUUGUGGUUAAUGGAAGCCUGGAAAACUGGUUGUAUGCGACGGAAAGUGUUGAUGAUCCUCCAAGGAGCCUGAAUUUUCGCCAGAGGCUAGAUAUUGUCAUUCAUGUAGCAUCUGCACUAGAUUAUAUUCAUAACCUAUGUGAAACGCCUAUUGUUCAUUGUGAUCUUAAGCCCAGCAAUGUUCUUCUCGACGAGGAUAUGGUAGCUCAUGUUGGUGAUUUUGGAUUAGCGGCGUUUCUUCAACCCUCGGUUGUCAAUCUCUCUUCAGAUGGUACGGCAUCUAGCUCCAUUGGCAUAAAGGGAACUGUCGGCUAUGCUCCUCCAGAAUAUGGUAUGGGAAAUGAAAUUUCGAUCCAAGGUGACAUGUACAGUUAUGGAAUUCUUGUGCUUGAGAUGUUCACGGGAAGGAGGCCAACCGAUGAAUCAUUUAUAGGAGGAUUGAACCUACAGAAGUUUGUCAAUAAUGCUUUAUCAGAACAACGAUCGACAAUCAGAGAAGUUUUAGAUCCAAUUCUAUUUACUGAACUAUCACUUCUCCGAAACUCUGAGGAAGAUGUAGUUUCCAUUUUCAAAAUUGGUGUUGCUUGCUCUUCAGACUCCCCGCAAGAGCGACCAAGUAUCAGUGAAGUUCUAACAAAGCUAAACAAGUUAUUAGCUUGAUUGAACUGCUCAAACCCUAAGAGAAAGGCAAUGAACCUGCAAACUCCAAUCGACAACUUUGGUAUUUGAGUCGUCUAGACUGUAGUAGAAAACCUGUUGCUUCAUUUUAAAGAAGCUCAAACAAUGCUAUGGUGUAGUUUUAGUGUAUUUUAUGAUUUGUGUUAUUUGAGUUGAUCCUAGACUAUUCACUUUGUAAGCUAGGAAUUUAUGUGAGAGGUAUUUGUGAAAUAAAGUUGUUUUCUUCGUAUAUUUAUAUCGGAAAUUGUAUUAGAAAAGUACAAGAGAUAGUGGAAUACAUGUGAUUUCUGUUUUUAUAGAUUUGAGUUUCGAAUACUUCUCCCUCCUAUGUAAAUGGGAUUACUUCAUUUGGGAUAUAUUCAAUGCCAAAAUUUAACUUCAUAUAUGAUAAGUGUUAAUAAAAUGCAGAAAUUUAACUGCAUAUAUAUCAUAGGUAUUAAUAAUAAUAAAAAACAAUAUAUCCAUUUUAGUACAUGCAAUUAUGAAUUUCAACCUUCUAAUUAUCUCCAACCAAGUAACUUCCUAAUCGCAUCACCAAAUACUCCCUAAGCACAAUGAUUUUUCUAUCUUGGACUCCCAAGAAGUACGUUUUUGUGCACAACUCAAUUUGGUCGCUUAAUUUUAAGUGAACUCAUAUCUGACUGUUGAAAUUAAAAGAAUUAUUUAUUUUCUUGUUUUUUCAAAUGAUCAAAUCCACAUGUAUCUUCUUCAUUUUAACUCGAUUAUAAGGAAAUUACAUAGAAGAAACAGGGUUAUUGGAUCUACAAAACAAUAUUAUGAUUUCGAUAUAAUUCGAGCUCAAAAUUUUCCGAUCACCUGUUACCACUCUCUAUCACACUCUAACAGUCUUUACCUCUUUCAUUUUAACUUACACUUUGAAAUUUUUUGCACAGACUAAAUGAUUUCAUUGUGGUAUACAAAAUUAUGUCAAUUCUUAAUCUAUUUUUGAUGGAAUUUUGGGACCUCUCAUACCAUCAUUCUACGGCUACGCUAUGGUAUGGUAUUUAACUACAUUUGAUAAAUUUUCAUAUCAUCAUAAUAUAAUCCGUUGUACUAUAUGGUAUACCCUAAUAAAAAAAAUUCAUUAAU